CGGCGGCUUCUGGGAAAUGUAGUCUGCACUUUCUCAGGGAGCGGCGCAAGGGCUUGUGGGAAAUGUAGUGUGCACUUUUUGGCGCCGGUCGAGGGAGCCGCUUGGGGCCUUCUGCGCAUGUGCGCGGUGCGGCCCCAGGUUUGUUUUUCUCCGGUGCAGCCUGGUAGGGAGGGCUUCCGGCAUCUCCCUGCGUCGGGGCAGAGGACGCGGAGGGUCGCAGCUUCAUGGCCUGACGCCUUCAGGAAGUAUUUCAAAGUCAUCGUGGCUGUGGAUCGGGGGAUUUCUUGUUUCCACUGACCUGUGAGGCAGCGCACGUGGAGGGAGGCACCCCGGGCUCUCCGACACUGUCCAGCCUCGCCUGUGUCCCUAGUAGCAGUGGGCAUUUCCAGACGGUCCAGCUUGUGGCUCAAGUGACAGGAAGAUGUAGGAGCUUUCAGUCUUGGAUGAGGAUUCGAACUGAAGGGCUUAGGCCCAGCUGUCUUGGAGCAAAACAUCUGUUGUGGGAUGCUGAGCUGCUGGCUCACUGCAGCACAACUAGAGACGUACGGAUGCCCCUAUCUUGAUCUUACAGAAUCAGAGGUGCAGCCGCAAGAAAGCUACACCCUCUCAGUUUUCUCUGCUCUGCCAACACUAGUGGAAGAUGAUCACAUCCCAGCUGAUUCUUAUCACUUCAGACUGAGCAGAAGUGUGAUUUUCCAGGGAUCAGUGUCAUUUAGGGAUGUGACUAUGGGCUUCACUCAAGAGGAGUGGCAGCAUCUGGACCCUGCUCAGAGGACCCUGUACAGGAAUGUGAUGCUGGACAACUACAGCCACCUUGUCUCAGUAGGUAAUAAUAUAAUUCUCAUUCCUAAACCAGAAGUGAUCCUCAAGUUGGAGAAAGGCAAGGAGCCAUGGAUAUUAGAGGAAAAAUUUGGAAGCCAGAGUCAUCAGGAAUUAGUUAAUACCAGUAGAAAGUAUUCAAGAAUGAAGUUCAAUGAGUUUAACAAAGGUGGAAAAUGUUUCUGUGGAAAGCAUGAAAUAAUUCAUUUUGAAGAGGAACCUUCUGAAUAUAAUAAAAAUGGGAACGGCUUCUGGCUGAAUGAAGACCUCGUUUGGCAUCAGAAGAUUAAAAAUUGGGAGCAACCUUUUGAAUACAAUGAAUGUGGGAAAGCUUUCCCUGAGAAUUCACUCUUCCUUGUACAUAAGAGCUUCACAGGACAGAAAACCUGCAAAUAUACUGAACAUGGGAAAACCUGUGAUGUGUCAUUUUUCAUUACUCAUCAGCAAACACAUCCAAGAGAGAACCACUAUGAAUGUAAUGAAUGUGGAGAAAGUAUCUUUGAGGAAUCCAUUCUCCUUGAACAUCAGAGUGUUUACCCAUUCAGCCAGAAGUUAAAUCCCACUCCAAUUCAGAGAACCCACUCAAUUAACAAUAUUAUUGAAUAUAAUGAAUGUGGAACCUUUUUCAGUGAAAAAUUAGUCCUUCAUUUACAACAGAGAACACAUCCAGGAGAAAAACCAUAUGAAUGUCAUGAAUGGGGAAAAACCUUCACCCAGAAGUCAGCCCACACAAGACAUCAGAGAACACACACAGAAAACCCUAUGAAUGUCAACGGAUGUGGGAAAAUCUUCUAUAAGAAUUCAGACCUCAUUAGAAAUCAAAGAAUUCACACAGGGGAGAGACUUUAUGGAUGUCAUGUGGAGAAAUCCUUCAGUGAAAAUUCAACCCUUACUCAACAUCAGAGAACACACAGCGAGAAACCAUAUGAAUGUCAUGAAUGUGGGAAAACCUCGUUUAAGUCGGUUCUUACUGUGCAUCAGAAAACACACACGGGGAAGCCCUACGAAUGUUAUGCAUGUGGGAAUGCCUUUCUCAGAAAAUCAGACCUCAUUGAACAUCAAAGAAUUCACACAGGAGAAAAACCUUAUGAAUGUAAUGAAUGUGAGAAGUCAUUCUCUGAGAAGUCAACCCUUACUAAACAUCUAAGAACUCACACAGGUGAGAAAUCUUAUGAAUAUAUUCAAUGUGGAAAAUUUUUCUGCUACCACUCCAGUUUCACAGAACAUCUGAGAAGACACACAGGGGAGAAACCUUUUGGAUGUAAUGAAUGUGGGAAAACCUUCCAUCAGAAGUCAGCCCUAAUUGUUCACCAGAGAACUCAUAUAAGACAGAAACCCUAUGGAUGUAAUGAAUGUGGAAAAUCAUUCUGUGUGAAGUCAAAACUCAUUGCACAUCAUAGAACACACAUAGAGAAACCCUAGGAAUGUAAUGUUUGUGGAAAAUUUAUUAAGUCAAAACUAACUGUACAUCAGAGAACACACUUGGGGUGAAACCCUAUAAAUGUAGUAAGUGAGGGAAAUUAUUCUGGGUGAAGUCAGAACUUUGUAGAACAGAGAACAUAAAGGGUGAGAGAAAUCUGUUAAUAUGAUAAUGAGAAUACCUUUGCCCUGAAGUCAGUUCUCACAGUAUGGAAGAGAACUUAAAGAGGGAAAAAACAAUAUGAAGAUCUGGAAUGCAGGAAAACAUUAUUAUGAAAUUUGGGCCAUACAUUAUGUUUAAAAACUAAAAGUGGAAAACACUUAUUGGUGAAUGAACAUAGCAAACAUUUUGCUCAAUGCCACACCUCAGUAAACAUCAGAGAGUUCACACAGGGUGAAACCUGGCUCAGCAUCCCUAGGUUGAGAGGGGAUGCAUUUUUCUGAUACUACUCCAGUUUCACAGAAUAUCUGAGAAGACACACAGGGGAGAAACCUUUUGGGUGUAAUGAAUGUGGAAAAACCUUUCAUCAGAAGUCAGCCCUAAUUGUUCACCACAGAACUCAUAUAAGACAGAAACCCUAUGGAUGUAAUGAAUGUGGAAAAUCAUUCUGUGUGAAGUCAAGAGGCCAGAGAAAAUGCACAAACUAUAGGAAACUAUAGGAAAGCAUUUACUAUGAGGUUAUAUUUUACAGAGUAUAUGUAAUAAGAAGUACCUUCUCAGUGAACAUCAGAUAGUAGAGAAAGUAUUUUUAACUGUAUCCAAUGUGUGGACGUUUUAGAUUAAAAUCUAAAUUUAAUAUAGACCAGAGGUGUUGAAUUGCAGGAUAUCUAGCAAUUUAAGAAAAUGUAGAGACAAAAAUUUUUUUUUUUUGAGAUGGAGUCUUGCUCUGUCACCCAGGCUGGAGUGCAGUGGCAUGAUCUCGGCUCACUGCAAGCUCCGCCUCCUGGGUUCACACCAUUCUCCUUCCUCAGCCUCCUGAGUAGCUGGGACUACAGGUGCCUGCCACCACACCUGGCUAAUUUUUUGUAUUUUUAGUAGAGAUGGGGUUUCACCAUGGUCUUGAUCUCCUGACCUCAUGAUCCACCCACCUCAGCCUCCCAAAAUGCUGGGAUUACAGGCAUGAGCCACCACACAAAAAAAGGUUUUUAUUGAGAAAUAGCAUUUUACUUUGUUAAUAUCCAGUUCAGUUCAUUGUCAAGACUGCUGUUUUCUGAGACUUGAAAAGAUGCCACGCUGGAGCCAAUGACUAUAACUAGUUCAAAGGUUUAUUGCUUAGCCAUAUGUAAAAUAAGGGAAGAUUUUUUAGCAAAGGGAGCCAUAAGCAAGAGUGCUCUUGUAUGUCCAGGAAGAAAGAGAAAGACCCUUAAUCUGGGGCCAUAGGACAGGAGCCCACCAGCAGGAUUUUUGAAUAAUCCUGUGGCAGACUAAUUUUGGGCGACCCAUCUCAGAAUGGUGGAUCAAAGGGGCAAGUCAACUUGCCUUGUAUGCAACUUGUAUGAGAAUUAGUAGAAGAGAGUGGGUCCAGAUUUCUGGUGGUUUCUGCCCUAGCAGAUGUCCAAUACGUAAGCCAAGACAUUCUGCUGUGAGUGACUUAUUGUAUCCAAGUCUAUUUCUCUCCAAACUGAAACAUGUCUUUCAUAGGUGAUAUAACUUUUUAAAAUAUGUAUAGAGAUACAACUUAAAUAUGGGGCUUUGAAAAAGCACAAAUAGUCUGGGCAUGGUGGCUCGUGCCUGUAAUCCCAGUACUUUGGGAGGCUGAGGUGGGCAAGACCUGAGGUUAGGAGUUCCAGACCAGCCUGGCCAACAUGAUGAAACCCUAUCUCUACUAAAAAUACAAAAAUUAGCCAGGCAUGGUGGCACACACCUGUAGUCCCAGCUACUAGAGAGGCUGAGGUGGGAGGAUCACUUGAACCUGGGAGGUGGAGGUUUCAGUGAGCUGAGAUCAUGCCACUGCACUCCAGCCUGAGCGACAGACACUGAUUCAAAAAAAAAAAAUAGAUUUUGCUAUUGGGUAAGGUAUAGUAGUCGGCAGCAGAAUGGACUGAUUGAGGACAACUAUAAAAUUACAAAAAAAAAUUAAGUGCAACUUAUUGCUAUAGAAGCAAAGAGAACUAAAGGGGCAAAAUUCUAGAGAGUGGUAAAUCCCAGAAAGGACAUGCACAGAAUGCAGCUGUUUGCUCUGGGGACCCUUUCCACUUCUGGCUAUAGAGAAGAACCUGAAUACUGAACUUGGUUCAGGCAGAGAGCCAUACCCUGGGGGUCAGGGGAAGGCAUGGGGGGACCAGAAGCCAGGAGAACAAUCAAGACUGCAAUGAAAAAAAAAAUAGAUACAUUAGGGGCUUCAAACACAUAUAAUUUUUCAAGAAAUUUCCAGAUGUCUCAUGCUGCAUAGGGCAGGAGGCUGAAAAGCUAAUUUGAGAAGAAAACUAGUAGGAUUUUUGUUUUGUUUUUCAUUUUGCAAUACGAAGGAGAAAUGAUUAGAAUUUAUUAUUUGGCACUUAGGAAGUGCCAGCAGGUUGGUCCUUUCAUGAACAUGCCAUCAGUAAAAGCCCUGGAAACAAGGUCAUACCAGAGAUUGAUUGUGCCUUGUCACAACUGCAGACAAUACCUGAGUGGAAUAUUCAAAAACCUGCUUAGAAAGAAAACUCUAGGACAGAUGGCUUCACUGAAGUUAUUCCAAAUAUUUAAUAAAGAAUACCAGGCUUUUAUAAACUCUUCUAGAAGAAAAUAGUUGGAACUUUUCCAAUUCAGUUUUUGAGGCCAGUGCAACCUUGAUACCAAAACCAAAAGAAAAAAAAAAACAUAAAGCUAUAGACCAAAGUCUCAUAACUUUAGAUGCAAAAUCCUAAAAUUGAAAAAAAGAAAGUCUAGCCAUAUCCAUAUAUCAUCACCAAGAGAUGUUUAUUAGGGCAAUCAAAAGAUGAUUUAUUUUAAAAAAAUCAAUGUGGCCUUCCAUUCCUCUUUAUUUUGAUUCCCCUCUUUGACUUUUUAUGUGUCUCUUUUGCCUUCCCUCUCCAGAGUGGAGGAGUUAGACCUGCAUUGUGGGAUGGGAGGAGUUGUGGCUGUGUGUCUGCUGGCACCAAGAGGGCCGAGGGUGAGGUGUGGAAGGGACAGGGGGAGGAGAUGGGCAGCAUUGUUGAAAGCUUAGUACCAUUGAGCAAAUAAAUAUGUUGAGAAUGAUGACAGCAAGGUUUCUCCCUGUUAGAGAAGGUAUUUAUAGAAAUAGAAAUGAGGAGAGCUAGAAAACCUGGAGUGUGGGAUUAGAAUAGAACUAUCUUUUAAAUAUAUAGGAACAAUAGACAAAUUGUUGUGUGUGCCCAUAUACAUAUAUUUUGUGAUUCAUUCUACUGAGAGGACAUAAACGCAGUGACACCUCAGUAACAAUAAGCACACCAACUGCCAAGUUAUUAGUUCCUAAAUGCUAUCCACAAAAAAAGGAGACCAGGGAUGAUUCCUAGUCAGAGAUUGGGAGAAAAAGAUGAGCCUGAAUCAUCUCAUGUACCUAAGAAAAUACUCUGGCUGGGCUCAGUGGCUCAUGCCUGUAAUUCUAGCAUUUUAGAAGGUCGGGGUGGGUAGGUUGCUUGAGCCCAGGAGUUUGAGACCAGCCCGGGCAACAUGGCAAAACUGUCUCUACAAAAAAUAUAAAAAUUAGCCAGGCAUGGUGGCAUGCACCUGUCAUCCAAGAUACUCAGGAGGCAGAAAGCUGGGAGGAUCACUUGAGCCUGGGAGAUUGAGACUGCACUGAGCUGUGAUUGUACCACUGCACUCCAGCCUGGAAGACAGAGUGAGACCCUGCCUCAGGAAAAAAAAAAAAAAAAAAUGUCACUCAGCAAGUUAAUGGACAAACUGUGGAACAUCCAGAAAACUUUAACAUUCUUCAAAGAAAUAGAAAACACAAUCCUAAAAUUUAUGUGGGAACCACAAAAGACCUAGAAUAGUCAGAGCUAUCCUGAGCGAAAGGAAUCAAACUGGAGGAAUCAUAUUACCUGACUUCAAAUUAUUCUACAGAGCUACAGUAACCAAAACAGCAUGAUACUGGCAUAAAAACAAACACAUAGGAACAGAAUAGACAACCCAGAAACGAAUUCAUACAUCUACAGUGAACUCACUUGACAAAGGUAUGAAGAACAUACAUUGGGGUAAAGAUAGUGUCUUUAAUAAAUGGUGCUGGGAAAACUGGAUAUCCAUAUGCAGAAUAAUGAAACUAGACCCCUAUCUCUUAGCAUAUACGAAAAUCAAAAUUAAUUAAAAAGUUAAAUCUAAGACCUCAAACUAUGAAACAGCUAAAAGAAAACAUUGGGGAAUCUCUCCUGGACAUUGGAGUGGGCAAAGAUUUCUUCUGUAAUACUUGACAAACAGGCAACCAAAGCAAAAGUGGACAAGUGGGAUCACAUCAAGUUAGAAACCUUCUGCACUGCAAAGGAAAUAGCAAAGUGAAGAGACAACCCAGUGAAGAAUGGGAAAGAAUAUUUGCAAACUAUCCGUCUAUAUUAGGCCAUUCUUGAAGUACUAUACAGAAAUACUUGAGACUGGGUAAUUUAUAAAGAAGAGGUUUAAUUGGCUCAUGGUUUUGCAGGCUGUACGGGAAGCAUGGUGCUAACAUCUGAUCAGCUUGUAGGGAGGCAUCAGGAAGCUUCCAACCAUGGUGGAAGGCAAAAGGAGCAUAAGUAUCUCACAUGGCAGGAGCAGGGGCAAAGAGAGAGGGGAAGGGAGGUGCCAUACACUUAACUAGAUCUUUUGAGUACUCAGGUCUUGUGAGGGUUGCUUGAGGUCAUGGAUACCCCAUUUACCCUGAUGUGUUUAUACACAUUUCAUGACUAUAUCAAAAUAUCUCAUGUACCCCAUAAACAUAUACACCUAUUUGUACCCACAAAAAUUUAAAAAUAAAGUUAAUUUCAAUGUUUAAAGACUCAUUAUUAAAAUAAUAGCUGUUUCUAUAAAUUUAAUAUUUCAAUAAAACUCCCAAUAUUCUUAACACUGGAAAAACUUUUCCAAAAUGCAUAUGACAGAAAUAUGGGCUUUGAUGCGAGGACAGCAUCAAUUAAUGAGGGAUCCUCCCCUUUGACCAAAAUACCUUCCACCAAGACCCACCUUUAACGCUGAGGAUUACAUCUCAAAAUGACAUUUGGGUGGGGACAAAUAUCCAAACUAUAUCACUAGCUAUAUCAGGAGCUAUAACUAUAAUUAUAUCAGGAGUUAUAACAAUUCUAUAGAAAAAAAUCUAAUCUGAAAACUGGACAAAAGUCUGAAUAGACAUUUCUCAAAAGAAGACAUACAAAUGGCAAACAGGCAUAUGAAAAGGUACUCAACAUCAUUGAUCCAUUAGAGAAAUGCAAAUCAAAACUCCAGUGAGAUGUCAUCUCACCCCAGUUAAAAUGUCUUUUGUCCAAAAGACAGGUAAUAAGAAAUGCUGAAGAGGAUGUGGAGAAAAGGAAACCCUCAUGCACUGUGGAAAUGUAUAUUAGUACAACCACUAUGGAGAAGUUUGUAGGUACCUCAAAAACUAAAAAUAGAGCUACUAUACAAUCCAGCAAUUCCACUGGUAGGUAUAUACCCCAAAGAAAGGAAAUCAGUAUAUUGAAGGUAUUUCUGCACCAUGUUUACUGUAGCACUACUCACAAUAGCCAAGAUUUGGAAGCAACCUAAGUGUCCAUCAGCAGAUGAAUGGAUAAAUAUGAUACAUAUACACAAUGGAGUACUAUUCAGCCAUAAAAAAGAAUGAGAUCCUGUCAUUUGCAACAUUAUAGAUGGAACUAGAGAUCAUUAAGUGAAAUAAGCCAGGCACAGCAAGACAGACAUCACAUGUUCUGAUUUAUUUGUUGGAGCUAAAGCUGAAAACAACUGAACUUAUAGAGAUAGAGAGUAGGAGGAUGUUUACCAGAGGCUGGGAAAGGUAGUGGGGGCAUGAUGAGGGGGAAGUGGGGAAUGUUAAUGGGCACAAAAAGUGGAAUGACUAAGACCUAGUAUUUGAUGGAACAACAAGGUUACUACAGUCAAUAAUAAUUGUACAUUUUUAAGGUAUAAUUGAAUUGUUUGUAACACAAAGGAUAAAUGUUUGAGGUUAUGGAGACCCCAUUUACCCUGAUGUGAUUAUUAGACAUUGCAUGCCUGUAUCAAUAUAUCAUGUACCCCAUAGAUGUACACACCUAGUAUGUACCCAAAAAAAACAAAGUAAAAAUUUCAAUGAUUAGGAAGACCAUUAAUAUCACUUUUCUUUAAAUGUUUCUGUAAAUUUAAUACAAUUUCAAUAAAGCUUCCAAUAUUUAUUCUUA